ACGAAUGUAGUAGUUGGGCCCACAGCGAAAUAAGUCGAACUGCGAGUCGCGUGGUCAGGCGUUUGCUAGGGUCAGCCCCUCACUAGUGGUUCACUUAAACCCCACGUGCUUCCCGUUUGGCUGCUGACUGCGAUCCCCAGAUCUCCAGGUUCAGUGAUAGUUUUCCAUCAUGAAUCGGAAGAAAGUAGAUAACCGAAUCCGAAUUCUCAUCGAGAAUGGGGUAGCUGAGCGGCAAAGGUCUCUGUUUGUUGUAGUUGGAGAUCGGGGAAAGGAUCAGGUAGUCAUUCUCCAUCACAUGUUGUCCAAAGCAACUGUGAAAGCUCGGCCUUCAGUGCUGUGGUGUUAUAAGAAAGAGCUGGGAUUUAGCAGUCAUCGGAAGAAAAGAAUGAGACAGCUUCAGAAAAAAAUCAAGAACGGGACACUGAACUUAAAACAAGAUGACCCCUUCGAACUCUUCGUAGCAGCUACGAACAUUCGCUACUGCUACUACAAUGAGACCCACAAGAUCCUGGGCAACACGUUCGGCAUGUGCGUUCUUCAGGAUUUUGAAGCUUUAACUCCGAACUUGCUGGCCAGGACUAUAGAAACAGUAGAAGGUGGUGGUUUAGUGGUUAUCCUGCUACGGACCAUGAAUUCACUCAAGCAGUUGUAUACAAUGACCAUGGACGUGCACUCAAGAUACAGGACUGAGGCCCAUCAGGAUGUGGUGGGAAGAUUUAACGAGAGAUUCAUUCUGUCUCUGGCCUCCUGUAAGAAGUGUCUCGUCAUUGAUGACCAGCUCAACAUCCUACCAAUCUCCACCCAUGCUGCCAGCAUUGAGGCCCUGCCUCCCCAGGCCCCGGAUGAAAAUCUCAGUCCUUCUGAUCUGGAACUAAAGGAGUUGAAGGAGAACUUGCAGGACACCCAGCCUGUGGGCGUGUUGGUGGACUGCUGCAAAACCCUUGACCAGGCCAAGGCUGUCUUGAAAUUCAUCGAGGGGAUCUCCGAAAAGACCCUGAGGAGUACUGUUGCGCUCACAGCUGCCCGAGGACGGGGAAAAUCUGCUGCCUUGGGCUUAGCUAUUGCUGGGGCAGUGGCUUUUGGAUACUCCAAUAUCUUUGUUACCUCCCCAAGCCCUGAUAACCUCCACACUCUGUUUGAAUUUGUCUUUAAAGGAUUUGAUGCACUGCAGUAUCAGGAGCACCUGGAUUAUGAGAUUAUCCAGUCUCUAAAUCCUGAAUUUAACAAAGCCGUGAUUAGAGUGAAUGUAUUCCGAGAACACAGACAGACCAUUCAGUAUAUACAUCCUGCCGAUGCUGUGAAGCUGGGCCAGGCCGAGCUUGUUGUGAUUGAUGAAGCUGCUGCCAUCCCCUUGCCCCUGGUGAAAAGCCUCCUGGGGCCUUACCUUGUUUUCAUGGCAUCCACCAUCAAUGGCUACGAGGGCACUGGCCGCUCUUUGUCCCUCAAGCUGAUCCAGCAGCUCCGCCAGCAGAGUGCCCAGAGCCAGAUCAGCACCACGGCUGAGAACAAGACCACAACAACAGCCAGAUUGGCCUCAGCACGGACGCUGCAUGAGGUUUCCCUGCAGGAGUCUAUCCGAUACGCCCCCGGGGACCCAGUGGAGAAGUGGCUCAAUGACUUGCUGUGCCUGGAUUGCCUCAACAUCACUCGGAUAGUGUCGGGAUGCCCCUUGCCUGAAGCCUGCGAACUCUACUAUGUUAAUAGAGAUACCCUCUUCUGCUACCACAAGGCCUCUGAAGUUUUCCUCCAACGGCUUAUGGCCUUGUAUGUGGCCUCGCAUUACAAGAACUCUCCCAAUGAUCUCCAGAUGCUCUCGGAUGCGCCUGCUCACCAUCUCUUCUGCCUUCUGCCUCCUGUGCCCCCGACCCAGAAUGCCCUUCCUGAAGUGCUUGCUGUCAUCCAGGUAUGCCUUGAGGGUGAGAUAUCUCGCCAGUCCAUCUUGAACAGCCUGUCUCGAGGCAAGAAGGCUUCUGGGGACCUGAUUCCAUGGACAGUGUCAGAACAGUUCCAAGAUCCUGACUUUGGUGGCCUUUCAGGUGGAAGGGUGGUCCGCAUUGCUGUUCACCCAGAUUAUCAAGGGAUGGGGUAUGGCAGCCGGGCUCUGCAGCUGCUGCAAAUGUACUAUGAGGGCAGAUUCCCUUGCCUGGAGGAAAAGGUCCUUGAGCCACCACAAGAAAUUCACACUGUCAGCAGUGAGGCUGUCAGCUUGCUGGAAGAGGUUGUCACUCCCCGAAAAGACCUGCCUCCCUUACUCCUCAAGCUGAACGAGAGGCCUGCUGAGCAGCUCGAUUACCUGGGUGUGUCCUAUGGCUUGACUCCCAGGCUCCUCAAGUUCUGGAAACGAGCUGGGUUUGUUCCUGUUUAUCUGAGACAGACCCCGAAUGACCUGACGGGGGAACACUCGUGCAUCAUGCUGAAAAUGCUGGCGGACGAGGACGAGGCGGACCAGGGGGCCUGGCUCUCAGCCUUUUGGAAAGAUUUCCGGAGGCGGUUUUUGGCCUUGCUGUCCUACCAGUUCAGCACUUUCUCUCCUCCCCUGGCCUUGAACAUCAUUCAGAACCGAAACAUCCGGAAGCCAGCACAGCCAGUGCUAUGUCGAGAGGACCUGGAAGCACUCUUCCUCCCCUAUGACCUGAAGAGGCUGGAGAUGUAUUCACGGAACAUGGUCGACUACCACCUCAUCAUGGACAUGAUCCCCACCAUCUCCCGCAUGUACUUCCUGAACCAGCUGGGAGACCUGGCCCUGUCCGCCGCUCAGUCGGCUCUUCUCUUGGGGAUUGGCCUACAGCAUAAAUCCGUGGACCAACUGGAAAAGGAGAUUGACUUGCCAUCGGGCCAGCUGAUGGGACUUUUCAACCGGGUCAUCCGCAAAGUUGUGAAGCUGUUUGAUGAAGUGCAGGAAAAGGCCAUUGAAGAGCAGAUGGUGGCGGUGAAGGAUGUGGUGAUGGAGCCCACGAUGAAGACCUUGAGUGAUGAUCUGGAUGAGGCAGCCAAGGAGUUCCAGGAAAAACACAAGAUAGAAGUGGGGAAACUGAAGAACAUGGAUCUCUCGGAAUACAUAAUUCGUGGGGAUGAUGAAGAAUGGAAUGAAGUUUUGAACAAAGCUGGACAAAAUGCCUCAGUUGUCAGCCUUAAAAGUGACAAGAAAAGGAAGUUGGGAACCAAAAACGAAUCCAAACAGAACAAAAAGUUGAAGAAAAACAGAGAUACGAAGAGCAAGAAAGACUCAAAACUGAAGCGGAAGAAAUAGUGAAGCUUGGACAGCGACAGCUGACUGAGGAAGUGCCGGCUUUCUGAACUAUGUCUGGUGACCUGGGCUCUUCAGAAGCAACAUGAACCCUCAGCAAACCCAGGAGCCGACUGGGAAGUCGGUCUCUGAGCCUAAUUUGGCUGAAGGCAGUUCUUUCGAUUGGGUUGGCUUAGAACUCGAUGGCUGGGCAGGCCUCAGCUACUGCCAAGGGCUGUCUCUCCUCCCCCAGUCCUUCCCUUCCUUCCCUGUGACUCCCUAUUUUGCUUUGGGCUCAGUGCUGAAGUCAGUGUGACCCUCCUUCCUUCUUAGGUCCUCGGCACCCCACUUCUUGGUGUACUACUGAGGAGGCUGCUGGCGAUAACUGGGCCUCUGGCAGUAGACUUGACCAAAGCUCUGAGGCCUGGAGCAGCAGGGCCUGCAGUUCAACACAGAUUGGCGGUGCUGCUACUAUUCCACUCCUGGCUCCUUGUGGAGGCCGCUGCUCCCAGGUCCCAGAACCAGCCGGGCUCUUAAUUAGGGAACCAUACUGACAUCUGAGUCCCCACAACAUAAUUGUUCCACCCAUUUAAAAACAAACAAACAAACAAACAUUGGGUAAGGUCUUUUCGUUAGCAGGAUUAAAGGAGGGACAGCCAAUCUAUUUUAAUAAAUGACCUCCUGGAAGACCA